AUGUCGCAAGUUCAAAGAGCUACGGCCCCAUCUCCGACUCGAGAGCGAUCAAACAUCCACGUCAGAAUCCAUUUCCCGGUCCCUCCAAUUUCUCUCAAUUUGAGCAGUUCCCCAACUAUACGACGUUCUCAGCAUUUUACGCUCUUCCUCUCUUUAGCUUCUAGUAUACGAGACAGUAUUAUUGAGUCCGGCGAACCUGAUUUCUCGAACUUUCUUGCGAAUAUUAGGGAUCACGAUGUCAAUAUGUUCACACUCAAGACUGAUUUUGUAGGACGAGGCGCAACAUUUUCAGUGAGGCGAACCACGAUGGAGGAACACCAGAAUGUAAUUUUCAAAAGCUCCUUGCGUACAUCAGCAAGGCACAAAGAUCAAGAUGAAUUUCAACGUUUAGAUAUCAUUUUACGGGAGCUCCGAGUCCUUACACAUAGCCCAAUUCGCGACCACAAGAACAUCGUGAAGCUGUUUGCGGUUGGCUGGGAGGGUGAUCCUUCGGACUCCUUUUCUAAGUGGCCUGUAUUGGUUCAAGAAUAUGCUGAAAUCGGAACUCUUGCGGACUAUUUCGAGUAUGAACCUAACCUAGGUUUUAGUGUCAAGCUCGGUCUGUGCACUGAUGUUGCAGCUGGAAUUCUGGCCCUGCACAACAGUAGCAUCGUACAUGCUGACUUGAAGGUCGAAAACGUGCUUGUCUUUGCUGCUACUGCUGGAGACUGUGUUACGGCAAAACUGUCUGAUUUUGGGACUGCGAUGCUGCCCAGUGAUAGCACUCGACCUCCGUCAAAUUUGACUCGUCCGUGGAACGCUCCUGAGUGGCAGGAAGAGCAUCCUCAUGCCUUACGAUGUCAAUCAGACGUCUACUCUUUGGGUCUCCUAAUAUGGCGCAUUGCACUUAAUGGAAAAGAUCCAUUCAAGCUUACUGCGUUCUUUUCUUUGCCAAGUCUUCCGAGAAGAUAUUAUGCUGCCAUAGAAGUACAGAAGAAAGGUGAUCGAGAGUUCCUGUCUAAAGUCAAGGCGAGUGUGGAACAGCAUUUUGACGAUGAUGAGCGAGCAAUUUUUGCCGCUCUAUUCGAUGCGACAAUCAGAACAGAUAUGGACAACCGGUCCCUUCACAGGGCGGUCAAUAUUCUAUGCCAGCAUUUAGACCCUCGGCAAGAAGUGGUUCAAUCUAGUUUUGCAGGCCUAGAAUACAAUGGACAGACCGACGUCUUGAAGCCCAAACUACUGCUGUCUGAAGUCUUCACUGAACCCAUUGCAGGUGACACGGCGAAUCAGGUUUUAGAAUCGAUGGCUUACGCCUGUGCCGAUUCAGAUCCUCACCAGGCAAGAGAAGUGAACACAGCUCUCGCAGCUCUUUAUCUUGCUGGCGAAGACUUUGGCUUUGAACUCAAUGUGAGCAGAGGACUACGCCAUCUCUGCUAUGCCGCCAACUUAGGCUCGUUUGAGCAUAGAGCAUGGUUGCUCCAAUUUCAUCAAGCUUUCGAUCAGCCUGUCCCUGACAAUUUGCGAUCGAAUGUUUUGAGUUGGCUGAUGCAUGCCGCAGCUGUCGGGAGUAUGACAGCAGUAGAAGAUCUAGUAGACCUUGGACUCAAUCACGUUGAGAAUGAGCAUGUCCGUGCAGUUCGUGCUCUCAAAACCGUUUACUGUGGAGCUGGAGAGGAAAUGUUUCCCAACGACGAUUUCAAAUCGGACGACCCUGCAAUUGACGAUGCGCAGGAAUGUUAUAAGUAUAUCCGCCAGGAGAUGGCAAAGGAGUCUGCGAGUCAGUACGACAUUUCUGGCCAUCUUCUCCGUCUAGCAGCCUCUUGCGGUAGCCGUCAAGGCAUAGAUUUUCUUGUGCUCAAUUUUCCCGUAAACUCUGAUGCUACUGACGCAAUCUUGGAGUUCCCCUUACUCUUUGCAGCUCGCUCAGGUCAUCUAGAGGCCCUGAAAGGUCUCUUGAACUCUGGUGCUAGCGCACUGCUUGCAAGCAAUACUGGCGAGACCGCGCUACAUUGGCAGUGUUCGCUUGAAGAUAAAGACGUGUUAGAAGCUGCACAGCUGUUGGUUUCUGCUGGUGCACAGAUCAACGCCCACGCGGAAAAAUAUAAUGGCCAGAAAUGCAUUCCUUGGCUCGAGACAGAUUUUGUAGAGGGAACACCUUUACAUCGAGCUAUUGCUCGAAAUAGCCUGGGAGCCGUUUGA